AUGACGGAAGGCGAGACGAUUACGUGCAAAGCAGCGAUUGCGUGGGAGGCCGGCAAGCCUCUGAGUGUGGAAGAUGUGCGUGUGGCGCCGCCGCGCGCGGGCGAGGUGCGUGUGCAUGUGCUGUUCAACGGCCUGUGCCACACCGACGUCUACACGCUCUCUGGCAAGGACCCCGAGGGUGCCUUUCCGGCGAUCCUCGGCCACGAGGGCUCGGGUAUUGUCGAGUCGGUCGGCGAGGGCGUGACGGAUGUGAAGAAGGGCGACCAUGUCGUUCUCCUGUACACUGCCGAGUGCCGCAAGUGCAAGUUCUGCCUGUCGGGCAAGACGAACCUGUGCCAGGCCGUGCGUGCGACGCAGGGCCAGGGUGUGAUGCCCGACCACACGAAGCGCUUCACCUCGGCGCGUACCGGCGAGGAGCUGUACCACUUUAUGGGCACUUCGAGCCUCAGCCAGUACACGGUUGUGUCGCAGUACUCGCUGGUGGCCGUCGACCCCAAGGCGCCGAUGGACCGCACCUGCCUGCUCGGCUGUGGUGUGACGACCGGCUACGGUGCCGCAGUGUACACGGCCAAGGUCGAGCCGAACUCGACCGUGGCUGUGUGGGGCGCGGGCUGUGUCGGUCUCGCCGUCAUCCGCGGCGCAAAGGAGCGCGGCGCGUCGCGCAUCAUUGCCAUCGACACGAACCCCCAGAAGGAGUCGUGGGCGACCAAGUUUGGCGCGACCGACUUUAUCAACCCUGCCGACCUCAAGGGCGACGGCAAGAGCGACCCUGUCGUGGCCAAGCUCGUCGAGAUGACCGACGGCGGUCUCGACUACACCUUUGACUGCACCGGCAACGUCAAGGUGAUGCGCUCUGCGCUCGAGGCGUGCCACAAAGGCUGGGGUGUCUCGACGAUCAUCGGCGUCGCGGCGUCGGGCGAGGAGAUCGCUACGCGCCCCUUCCAGCUCGUGACUGGCCGCAAGUGGCAGGGCUCGGCGUUUGGUGGCGUCAAGGGCCGCACGCAGCUGCCCGGCCUUGUGGACCGUUAUGUGCAAGGCACGUUCCCUGUGGACGACUAUGUGACGCAUCGCGUCUCGCUCACCGACGUGAACCAGGGCCUGGAGUACAUGAAGGACGGCGAGUGCAUUCGCUGUGUCGUAGACCUGUCGGAGUAG